GGACAGACGCAGAGAAAAUAAUUUCCUUGGUUUUUGUUUUUAUAUUUCCCUUAUGAAUUUUUGUGAUUAAAGUGUUGAAGUCGGAUUAAAUCUCGAAAUCGAAGAAUUUAGCUUCAAAUUCGAGACCUCGUCGUCCAUGGCCGCCCCCUUUUUUUCCACUCCUUUUCAACCCUACGUUUAUCAGAGUCAGCAAGAUGCUGUGACCCCAUUUCAGAUAUUGGGUGGUGAAGCUCAAAUAGUUCAGAUAAUGCUGAAGCCACAAGAAAAGGUUAUUGCAAAACCCGGUUCCAUGUGCUUCAUGUCUGGGUCCAUUGAAAUGGAAAAUACUUAUGUUCCAGAAAAUGAGGCCGGCAUGUGGCAGUGGCUUUUUGGGAAGAGUGUAACUAGUAUUGCUCUUCGCAAUAAUGGUCCAAAUGAUGGAUUUGUUGGCAUUGCUGCACCUUCUCUUGCAAGGGUUCUUCCGAUCGAUUUAGCAAUGUUUGGUGGAGUGAUUUUAUGUCAGCCAGAUGCAUUUCUUUGCUCCAUCAAUGAUGUGAAGGUUAAUAAUACAGUUGAUCAGCGGCCACGGAAUAUUGUAACCAGUGUAGAGGGAUUUCUGAGACAGAAGUUAUCGGGUCAGGGGCUUGCAUUUAUUCUUGCUGGUGGAUCUGUUGUGCAGAAAAUUCUUGAGGUGGGGGAGGUAUUGGCAGUUGAUAUCUCAUGCAUAGUAGCCCUUACUACUUCCAUCGACGUUCAAAUCAAAUACAAUGGUCCAAUAAGAAGAGCAGUCUUUGGGUUCUUUCGAUGCAACCUUGCAGGGGGACAAUGUGGUUACAGCUGUUCUAACAGGACCCGGAAUUGUAUUCAUCCAAAGUUUGCCGUUUCAUCGAUUUUCACAGCGAAUCGCCAGGGCGGUUACAUCUCCCAACAUGAGAGAAAACCCAAAGUUCUUCGUUCAGAUAGCCAUUUUCUUUUUUCUAGUCUAUGCGGUGAUUGUAUCUUCCUUAAUAUUGACCGAUGUGUGAGAUUGUCUUUCCCUUUUUGAUUUUCAUUGACCAAAUUAUUAUUAUUCCCCCACCAUUUUAAUUAAACUUAG